CCUCCGCUGGAGUCUAAUGCAAUGGAUAAAUCCCGGAGCACCCUCCAUGCAGCUCUCCUCCUCUGCUUCUUCCUAUGGGACGUACCCUGUGCCCAGCAGGCAUCCAUCCCCAGCGGACAGAGAGGGAUGACAAGGCAGCGCAGAGAGGGCAGCAAGGUGCUGGCAGCAGAGAGCCGGGAGAUGGCCCGGGCAGUGCCAGUGGUGCCCCAUGAAUACAUGAUGUCCAUUUACAGGACUUUCUCCACAGCUGAAAAACUUGGGAUCAAUGCCAGCUUCUUCCAGUCCUCCAAGUCUGCCAACACAAUCACCAGCUUUGUGGACAAGUCCCGGGACGAUCUCUCCCAUUCUCCUGCUAGAAGACAGAGGUAUUUGUUUGAUGUAUCAACUUUGUCAGACAAAGAAGUACUAGUGGGAGCUGAGCUAAGGAUCUUUCGGAAAACUCCCAUGGAGCUGGCAAAAGCGCCCUUGGGGCUGUACCACCUGCAGAUUUUGCCUUGCUCAUCCAAAACCCCAUGGGAUUCCAUCACACUGGACCUGCGGGAAACGACUGUGCCGGGGUGGGAAGUCUUUGACGUGUGGAAAAGCCUGGAUGACUUAAGAAUCAGAAAGCAGCUUUGCUUGGAGUUAAAAGCCAUCUCAGCCACCUCGGGGCUUGAGGUGAACCUAAAAAGUUUAGGUUUGGCUAGAAAACCCAGAUCGCAACAGGAGAAGGCUCUUCUGGUGAUGUUCACCAAAUCCAAGAAGAAGAACCUUUAUAAUGAGCUAAAGGAGCAGGUUCAUUCUUCCAAGGGGCUGGAAAAAGAGGCAAAAUUUCAAUUUAAAACCAAGAGAAAAAGAAGGACAACUUUUAAUAGUCGUCAUGGAAAACGCCACGGAAGGAAAUCUCGACUUCGAUGUAGCAAAAAGCCGCUCCACGUGAACUUUAAGGAAUUGGGCUGGGAUGAUUGGAUUAUAGCUCCCUUAGAAUAUGAAGCAUAUCACUGUGAGGGAGUCUGUGAUUUUCCUUUAAGGUCUCAUCUAGAACCCACCAACCAUGCAAUUAUCCAGACCUUAAUGAACUCUAUGGACCCAGGAUCUACUCCUCCUAGCUGUUGCGUCCCUACCAAAUUGACUCCUAUCAGCAUUCUUUACAUUGACGCUGGUAAUAACGUGGUCUACAAACAGUAUGAGGAUAUGGUGGUAGAGUCCUGUGGUUGCAGGUAGCAGAUGCUAGUUUGGUGACUCUCAGUCUUAUCGAAAAAUUGAUAGGAUGGAAAACAAAAAAAAUGAACUAAAGGGACAAGAGCGGGCUGGUCCAGGACCGAGUUGUGUAAAAUUUCAGGGGAGAAGUGGUAACAUACGUCUGGCCCCUCCUUUUACCCUAGCAGGAUAUAUCAUACGCUGCAAGAAAGGCACUGAUCAGUGACUGCAUGGUGUGCACUGUGCUUUUCACAGACACUUUACAUAUAAAGCUACACGUUUCUAACCACGGGUGAGCAAAGAAAGCCACGACCGCCUUUAAUUAGGUCAUAUUUUCUAUAAAUCCUCCGGAUGGAAGGCAGUUUAUAAGCUGAUCCUUCAGAAAGAACAAAAAAAAAAAAAGAGAACUUGGUUAGAGCUUUGAUUGUCAUUUGUCUGAUUAGAGUUCCCAGUGAGUUCUCUACAAUAGUCUCAUGUUCCUUGUAAGAUGGCGGGAGGAGGUGGAAGCGAGUCUGACGGUGGCACUUUGUUAUCCCUCCCCAUUAAAUCUGAUGGAACCCACGCCAUCCAGAUCUAGCGGUGGGAGUCACGUCUGGCUAGAAAAGGAUUAUGUUGCUGCUUUUUCUUUUCUGUUGAUUUUUGAAGUGUACACAAGAUGCAGUGACAGGCACCUGUUCAAACUGAGCCCAUUUAAGAUUACAGGAGAGUAAUAGUCUGUUCUUUUCAUGGGCUGGCAUGCGGAGAGUAAUGAGAGCAGCCAACAAGCAUACAAGCCCCCAAUAAAAGUUUUUCUUUUCCCAGCUCCCUUCCUUAUCGUAGCAAGUAAUCCAAAAGGAUGAUCCACAUCACUUCACAGGCAGAGGUCACUUAGUAGACACAAUGACACACAGCUGAAAGAGAAGGAAGGGUGAAAACUGAGAUAUUAAGGUGAAUUGAGUGUCUGACGGGACAAAGAGGAAAAAAUGGUUUCAAAAAGUGGGACUUUUAAGGCACAUCAUAUUACAUUAAAAUACUUUUUAUUUAUUUAUUACAGUCAACAUCCAUAAAAUACUCUUCAUUUUGUUGUACAAAAUGUCAUAGAACAAUACAAAACAUAUUAAAAGCAUAGUAGUGACUGAACAGUCACAAAAUUGGAGGCCUCUCCUUCCACACUUUCAAAGCCUUGAGUAUAACCUUAGUGUAAUUAUACCAGGAAAAUGUAUAUAUAAUUUUCAACAAUUUUGAUUACUUUUGUACAGAUGUUUUUGUGAAUGAAUAAAUACACUGAUGAAGUGGAUAAUGUCCAUGAAACACGUUGGGUCACAAGAAAUCAGUAUUUUGGGACAUUGUAUACUGCUUAGUCACUACUAUUCUUUUAAUACAGUGGAACCUUGGUUU